GCGCGCCGCGACACAAAAUGGUUCCUGGCGGCAGGCGAGCCGACCGAGCCGAAUGCCAGCCUUUUCCGGACUUCCCUCGAAGAGCAGCAGCGCGGAGAUAUUUCGGACUGAGCCGAGAGAUGAGGAGGACAAAACGGAUCUGUGUGCGCACCCUCCCGGCGCACAUCUCCAUCUACCAGUGCGCAAUAAUUGAAAUGGCGCGUUUGGCCGCAGGCGGCUGGAAGGGCAUAAUGCAUGACGAUAGACGUCAUUUGGCUCCAGAGCCAGAGGGAUGUUUGAUGUUGCUAAAAUAUAUGAGUUGUCGGGGAGAAAGACGUGGAUGUGCAGGGCAGCUCCACAGUGAAAAGACACGCGGCAGCGGGAGAAACGCGCUUGUUUUUCUCCGUGGAGGCAACAAGGCGGGUUUGGUUCUGAGGUUCACAUGGUGGAUGGCUGUCUGGUAAAACAUCCCACACCUUUCAGACAAAGCGCCGAGGCAGCCGGAGGAUCCCGCUCGUCCCUCCUCAGCCGACAGAAACGAGUUGAGGCGAAAGAAAAGACGAAACCGCCCGCGUUAUUGUAACCUAAUCCUGGCCCCUGGGGGUCUGAAGGGCCCCGGGCAAGUCUUCUCUUUCAGCCCUCCUCUUUAUUCUUUCGGAGGAGACGCGGACAGGCUUAUUUUGCUCCUUCUGCUUCACGCACACACCGGAGGACAGCGAGACAACCUGACGAGGACGUCAAGCGAAGAGCAGCCGGAAUCCUCAGAUUUCAAACCCCGGGCCGGAGCAGACGGGCGGUCUCCAUGUCCUCUGUGUCGGUGUCCUCUCAGGAGGGGCGGAGCAUGUCCAGGAUGUCUCUGAGCCGCUCGCCCGUGUCCCCGAUGACCGCCCAGGGCAUCCCGUCCCCCGCCCAGCUCACCAAGGCCAACGCCCCCGUCCACAUCGACGUCGGGGGCCACAUGUACACCAGCAGUCUGGCAACGCUCACCAAAUACCCCGAGUCCAGGAUCAGUCGCCUGUUCAACGGCACUGAGCCCAUCGUGCUGGACAGUCUGAAGCAGCACUACUUCAUCGACAGGGACGGAGACAUCUUCCGCUACAUCCUCAGCUUCCUGCGGACCUGCAAGCUGCUGCUGCCCGAAGACUUCAAGGACUUCCCGCAGCUAUACGAGGAGGCUCGAUACUACCAGCUGACCCCGAUGGUGCGGGAGCUGGAGCGCUGGCAGGCGGAGCGAGAGGCCCAGCGGGCGGCGCCCUGCGAGUGUCUGGUGGUCCGCGUCACGCCCGACCUGGGCGAGAGGAUCGCGCUGAGCGGGGAGAAGGUGCUGAUCGAGGAGAUCUUCCCCGAGACCGGAGACGUCAUGUGCAACUCUGUGAACGCCGGCUGGAACCAGGACCCGACCCACGUCAUCCGCUUCCCCCUCAACGGAUACUGCAGACUCAACUCUGUGCAGGUCCUGGAGCGUCUCUUCCAGAAGGGCUUCAGCAUCAAGGCGUCCUGCGGCGGGGGCGUCGACUCGUCCCAGUUCAGCGAGUACGUCCUGUGUCGCGACCUGCGGCACAGCCAGUCCAUCACCAGCACCCCGAUCCGGAUCAAACAGGAACCUCUGGACUAAACUUUACCGACAGCCCGUUCGCUCACGCGUCCAGCAGCUGGUGCACAAAAACCACGGGGACACUUGAAAACUUUGCAGGAAACCUUUGACCUCGUCUGCACACUUAAACACGCUUUGAGAGUUUCGGUUCGAUGACGAUGAUGUUGGUGAAGCCAGGUGGAAAGAAACAAGCCAAACUGACAGAAAUCCACAUGUACAUGAUGUUUGUUUGCUGUGAGCAGCUUGCUGGUGAGUCUCGUCCUGUGUGUGUAUACAAAUGAAUGGAAAGUCAAGUGCGUAUGGAAACCACGGGGUGCAUAAUUUAAUUCUUUUUUAUAAAACGGCUAUUUUGAAAAUGUAUAUUUAAUGUAUUUGUUAGCUUGUGUCACUAUUUUUCAUUUGUACAGCUGUAUUGAUAAAAACAGAAAAAAAACUC